GAACAGUUGAAGCGCACGCUCAGCGGCGAUAGCAUCGAGAAUCGAAUCGAAUCAGUUACACAAACAGCAAUCAGCAAUCACCAAUCAGCAAUCAGCCCCGGGGGCCAACAAGGUGUUAAGCGAUCAUAAAGAUAAUAAAGACAUCGUCCCGCAAUCCACGAUCAAUCAGAACGACUUCGAAAGUCCGCGAGUGCGCACGCCCAUAAAAAGCUGAUCUUAAUCGAAAUCGGAACAAGUGACAAGUGACCCAACCAGACGGCAAACAGGAUACUACCGUAAUCCCAAUCAAAAUCGGACGGCCAUUAAACGGUACCCAACGACCAACUCAACAGCCCCACAAAGAUGUUUGCGCACACUUGGCAAGUUUCCUCUUUGAUCCUGGUGAUCCUGGCAGCUACGACGAUGGCAGCUCCCCAACUGCAGGAUGUUCCCCACGCUCUUCUGGACAUUGAGACGCCCAACCAGUUCAGCUAUAACUCCCCUUUGAAACAACCGGGUAGUCUGGAAUCCAGGCCCUACUUUGACUUCCUGAGCACUCUGUACGCUCACGAUACGGCCAAGUCGAAUCUGUUUAGGCCUUACGCGGGUCGCCAGCGCCGGGAUGUGGAGGCCAAGCUGCUGGACCGUCCUCGCAGGGCCAUCGUUUUCCGACCCCUGUUCGUCUACAAGCAGCAGGAGAUCCGCCGGCAGGAGAUCAAGGACAGGAACGCCGAGAGACGCCACGACCUGAACCGCAUCUACCGGCUGUAGUUGCCCUCCUCCUCCAGUGUCCAUCCGGCCAACGCGGAUUGUUGGCCUUCUACAGGGUCCUCUAGCACUUAGCCACCUCCACUGUGUCCUAGCCUUAAGUACUUGCACUGCAGCACGACGAGAGAGAGCACUCAUCGCUGAAUAUUGUAUGUUUUUUAUCGUUUAUCGAUUAUCGUAUAUUGUAUAUUGUAUAUCGUGUAUUGUAUAUCCAUUCGCACCGCCACCACAAAGCCACAUCCUCGUAGAUUAAGCCCAGUUGAUUGUUAUGCCCCGCCUGUUAUCGCGAUCCGACGUUUGAUUAAAGCUGACAAAACUGAUUUUGACAUGAA